AUGGCGACGUCAACCUCGACAAUGACCAACCCCACCAUCGCUACCGCCAUUGACAUGCCUCCGCGACCUGUCAACCGCAGGGGAACUGGUACGCAGGCGAGCCAACCGAGCACCAGCGGCACCACCAACGGCACCACCAAUGGCACUAUCCAAAACACUCGCAACCCCCCUCGUGAUACAAAGUACCGCCAUGUCUUUGCAACCCACUCGCUCCGACGGACCUCAUGUCUCAGCUCCGACUCGGAGAGCUCGCCGAGUUUUAAGGGAUUCCGCAAUCUGAUGAUCCUCGUACUGCUCGUCUCCAACCUGCGAUUGAUGAUAGUAAAUCUGCAAAAGUAUGGCGUCUUGAUCUGCAUCAGCUGUCACGACUACCGACGCUCCGACAUUGUCACCGGCCUGCUCCUCUACCUGCUCGUUCCCGCACACUUGUUCGUUACCUACCUCAUCGAGCUUGUUGCAUCAUGGCAGGCGAAACGCGCAUACGCCCGCAUCUCUAAGGAGGACGACGACGACACCCCCGAGAGGUAUGCCGCCGCACUGAAGAGCUUCAACUCGAUAUGGUACAUUGUAGCCUUCUGCCACAGUAUCAAUGCUACCAUGAACCUGUACAUUGCGACCAAGUUUGUCUACUACGACAUCUACCACCCUGGCAUCGGCACAAUGUGCGAGCUUCAUGCCAUCAUUGUCUUCCUCAAAUGUGCUUCGUAUGCCUUCACGAACCGCGAUCUGCGUCACGCAUACCUCCAUCCAAGACAGGCCGAUCCGCUUCCCGAGCUGUACAAGAGCUGCCCGUAUCCGCAGAACAUCAACUUCAAGAAUCUGUGCUACUUUUGGUGGGCCCCAACGCUCGUUUACCAGCCUGUCUACCCCCGCACCGAUAAGAUCCGUUGGGGCUUCGUCUUCAAGCGCCUCUUUGAACUCGCCGGCCUUAGUAUCGUCGUCUGGAUCGCAUCCGCGCAAUACGCCGCCCCUCUGCUGCAAAAUUCGCUCGACAAGAUCCUCACACUCAACUUCACCUCCAUCGCCGAACGCACCAUGAAGCUCUCCACCAUCUCUGUCUUCUGCUGGCUCUGCGGCUUCUUCGCCCUCUUUCAAUCGGCCCUCAACGCACUCGCAGAAAUCAUGAGGUUUGGCGACCGCGAGUUCUACGGCGACUGGUGGAACGUCAGCUCUAUCCGCGCCUACUGGACCACAUGGAAUAAGCCCGUGACAAACUUCAUGCGUCGCCACAUCUACUCCCCGCUCGUCGGCCGCGGCUGCCCCCCUGCCCUUGCGCAAAUCAUCGUCUUCUUCUUCUCCGGCAUCCUGCACGAACUCCUCGUCGGCGUGCCCACGCACAACAUCAUCGGCGUCGCCUUCGCCGGCAUGAUGAUUCAAAUCCCACUCGUCGCGCUCACCGACGCGGUCCGCAAGAUCAAGUGGAUCCAGGGCGAAGUCGCAGGCAACAUGAUUUUCUGGAUGAGCUUCUGUCUUGUAGGGCAGCCGCUGGCUGCGCUGCUUUACUUCUUCGCGUGGCAGGCCAAGUAUGGGAGUGUGAGCCGGCAGUUCAAUCAGGAGCCGAGUGCGCUGAGCAUGUUAUUGAAACGAUAG